GCCAAUCAGCGGCCGAUGCGGUUUAUGCUUGUAAAAUUAGCCUCCGCUAUCAGAGCUGGAGCAUCGCGGAAGCUCCUUUGCCCCUGUGCCCCUAUUGGUGAGGCUACUGGCUUGGUGGCUGGCGGAGGCGGCGAGGGACACCGGGAGAUCCAUCAGAGGACACGGGACCGUCCGUGCAAGGACCGACGCUUCACCCCCUCGCGGAAAGAUGCGGACGAAACGCGGCGUUGCGCGAGACACGUGAUGGCGGAGCCCGCAGAGGAGCGUGUGUAUCGCUGGAGGCAGGCGCUGCAAGAGGGCCUAGAGUACCAGCGCUCAGGGGUGCUCCCUCUGCUGGGCAGCCCUCGCUACUGCGCCGGGACCAACACAGCCAGCGGCUAUUUGUGCCAGAGUGGACACUGCUGUGGCGAGUCCGGCUGCUGCUCCUACUACUACGAGCUCUGGUGGUUCUGGCUGCUGUGGAGUGUGUUGAUCCUGUUCAGUUGCGGCUGUGCCUACCACCACCGCCAAGCCAAGCAGCGCCAGCAGCAGCAGCUGCAGCGGCAGAGGGACAUCAACCUGUCGGCCUACCAGCGCGCCCGCACCUACAGCGCCUCCAUGCUGGACCUCAGUUUCCUGGCCUCGCUGAAGCUGCCAUCCUAUGAGGAGGUAGCUGCCCAGCCCAGAACCCCACCCCCUCCUUACAGCUGUGUGGGCUACCCGCGGGGCACUGCCCACCUGCUGUCCUCCCAGAGCUCCGACAACUACACCAGCUGCUCAUGCGACUCCUGCUGUCAAUCGUCCCCCUACAGUUACACCCCCUCCACCAGCCACGCCUCCUCGCCCGGUGACAGCGACCCAGGCCCCGCCCCACUGAGUCGUGAGGUCCUCGCCAUUGCACAGAGCCCCUCGCCAAUCACCAGCCCGGACUCUGGGGCUGCCCGCAGCCUCAUUGCAGCAGCAGAACCAGCUAGAACCAGCACCAGUAACCUCAGAAGCGCCAGCACCGCCAGUUCCCCCAGCAACCCCAGUAACCCGAGCAACGCCAGUAACCCAGGGAACGGCAGUAACUCAGUUAGCAUCGCUAAGUCCAAAAGUAGCAGCAUUGAAGCUAAUGUCAGUGGCACACAGCAACAAGCCAGCCUGAGCAGCAUUGGCAAUGCCAACUGCACCAUAAUCUUACACCCGCCCGGCGUUACGGUGGGUCUGAGCACAAACCAGCCCUCCUCUCCUCUCGCUCUGACCUCCCCUCCCUCUCUUUCCUCCCCUCCUCCCUUCCUGCCCUUCUCCGACCCACUAGAUGUGACCACUGGGCAAAUUGUGGAGAUGACAAAAGGGGCGUGUCCGUUGGACGAUAGUCCAGCCCAGUCCCCGCCCCUCAGGACAGCUCUGCUGGACCCGGGGAGACGGGACUCGGCGACCUCCGACCCGGAAAUGGACCAGAGCCACUUCCAGCAGCGCCGGCUGACAGGAGACUCCGGCAUUGAGGUGUGCCGCUGCCACAUCGACCCUGAUGAGCAGGACAACGUCAGCACCCUGGACAACAGUCUCCAUGACGACGACAACUGCACAGCACGAGCCAAGGAAGCAGACCAGGCAGGGGGCAAAGAGGCAGGGCCUGAUCAGUGUGGCCACUCCUCCGGCGUGCCCAAAGACGCUGGGUCUGACAUGGUGGUGAUUGCCAUGGAAACAGUCUGACAAAAAGUAACGAGGAUUUAGUAGGAAGGAGUCAGCUGGCCACCAAUGGCCGCUUAUUAGAAGUAGAAUGACCGGUCAAUGCUAAUCAGAUGUGUAACAGUCAAUCAAUGCCAAGCGGAGGUUAAUCAGUGGCAAGCAUACUGUGUUCUCGACAGAGUGGUGAAGAAUACUCUGAUUUGUACAGAAACCUAUCACAACAUAGCCUAAUCUUUCCCAUAUGGUAUGGCCAAUCAUGAUAAAGUUCCUGUGCUCCAUUAUGUGAGACCAAACACAAUUGUGUAGUGCAGCCAAGCCAAUCAAAGUCAAGCUCACUGUGUUCUGUGUCCAAACAAUGACUAUCAAGAGCACCCAGUUGCAGCUGAGACUGCCAUGUUCUUCUCUUGCCACCUCUAAAACUGUGUUGCAUGCUGGGACAGAUGGAAAGACUUAAAAAUGGUCUUAUAGCAGACUAUUGGAGAGGAAGCAUAGGGGCAAGCAAAUUUUAGUCGGUACUGUCUGUACUGAAGCUUCUAACGAACAAUUACAUGCAAAAACACACACAUACACACACACACUUAUCUGUGAAUCAGAAUAUGACUGUUGGGUACUGUGUAAUGACAUUUAGCAGUUUACGAUAAUAUUACUCCAGUAGGACAACAUUAACCUUCCUUUUGUUAUGAAUAACCACUACAGUGACCGCCACGGUCUGGCCUAUAGCACAUGAAUAGAGACUUCCUUCACUCCUGGAGAGAUCACACUCUGAAAAUAACUCUCCACAGAAUCUGGGCACAGAGCAGAUAUGGUGGUGAUGACCUUAAGGUGACCCUUCUAUCUUUCAAUGAAAGCAGCUGUCUCUGCACACAGCACCUGGCCCAGUUCUGGUUCUGGUCUGAAUCCAGCCAGAGUUCAUUUGUCCAGCCUGGAGCAAGCUAUGAUCCUCUCACACGCCGACCCACCGGUGAUCUUCACUCUUCAUAUGCACGGUAAAACUUCCAGUGUGGCAAAAGGGAGGUAGAUGAUGUACUCACCCUUCUGCUGAUCUGCUCAAGUAGACUGAGAAUGACGUUGUUUUACCAGUAUAUUUUGGUGCUGUCCUUAGUUAUAAAGUCAGUGAAAUGAAUUAGGUUGUCAUUUUGAUCCCAUGUUGUUGUUGGGGUUAAACAGAAUAUGAUCGUCAAGUGUUAAGUGUUGUGUUCUGCUAACAGCGUGCUAUUUCAUCAUGGCUCAAUGUGAGUGGAGGCAGAGGCCCCUUCUCUACAACAUAAUAUCUUAUAAAGCUGACCAAAGUAUGGAACAUCUUUCUUUACUGAUACAAUAAACAGCUAAUGAUGGUU